UUAUCUGUCCUCUCUCUCUCUCUCUCUCUCUAUAUAUAUAUAUAUGCAUAUAAAGAACUUCCUUGAAUACAUACGUGAGAGAAUUUGAAGAGUCAAGCCUGCAAAGGGAAGGCAUUAGCACUCCUCCUUUAAUGGCUUCCUCACCAUUAGUCUUUGUGAGAUGGUUUCUCCGUCUCCUGCUUGUUUCUGCGGUUUUCACCUUGGCUGCAGGUGGGGUGGAGCCGGCGUCCCGGCUUCGGCCGGAGGUGUGGGCGCAGCAGAAAGCCGACCUGGUCACGGGCCUUCCCGGGCAACCGCCGGUGAAGUUCAAGCAGUACUCCGGCUAUGUCACCGUCAACGAGAGCCAUGGAAGAGCACUGUUCUAUUGGUUCUUGGAAGCCACCCAGAAGCCUGAGCGGAAACCUCUUCUUCUGUGGCUCAACGGAGGACCAGGAUGUUCGUCAAUUGGGUUUGGGGAGGCAGAGGAGCUUGGGCCAUUCUUCCCUCUAAAAGACAAAUCUAGUCUGAAACUCAACCCCAAUUCUUGGAAUAAAGCGGCUAAUUUGUUGUUCGUGGAAUCUCCGGUUGGUGUGGGAUUUUCAUACACUAAUACUACUAAUGACAUUAAUGAACUCGGUGACAGAAUUACUGCAAAGGAUUCAUACGCAUUUCUUGUCAACUGGUUUCGAAGGUUCCCCCAAUACAAGUCUCAUGACUUCUACAUUUCUGGGGAAAGCUACGCAGGACACUAUGUUCCACAGCUUUCCGAGGUUAUAUUCGACAACAACAAAAAAGUUAGCAGGAAAGAUAAAAUAAACUUGAAGGGUUUCAUGGUUGGGAAUGCAUUGUUGGAUGAUGAAACUGAUCAAAAAGGGAUGAUCGAUUAUGCCUGGGAUCAUGCCGUGAUAUCCGAUCGCGUGUACAAUGAUGCUACGACCAAGUGUGACUUCAGCCAACAUAAUCUAUCCUCGGACUGCAGCGCAGCGCUAAACGAAUACUUCAAGGUUUACGACAUCAUUGAUAUGUACAGCUUGUAUGCACCCACUUGUGUUAGCAGCAACACCUCCGUUGCUAGACAACUCCCCAUGAUCCAUGGCAUUGCUCCACACCUAUUCUCUAAAUUUGAAUUGUGGCACAAGAGACGAGCAGGAUAUGACCCAUGUGCAUCUGAUUACACUGAGGCAUACUUGAACAGGCCAGAUGUUCAAGCAGCUCUUCAUGCCAAUGUCACCAAAAUUCCAUAUUCAUGGACUCACUGCAGUAAUAACAUCACGUUCUGGAAUGACGCACCUGCUUCCAUACUUCCAAUCUUCAAGAAGCUCAUAGCUGGAGGCCUCCGCAUAUGGGUUUACAGUGGGGAUGCUGAUGGAAGGAUUCCUGUGACCUCUACUCGGUUGAGCUUAAGGAAGCUUGGGUUAAAAACUGUGGAAGAAUGGACUCCCUGGUACACUACUAAUCAACAGGUUGGCGGGUGGACGAUUGCUUAUGAUGGGCUAAUGUUUGUCACUGUGAGAGGAGCCGGUCACCAAGUCCCCACCUUCAAGCCCAAGCAAGCUCUGCAACUGGUUAAGCACUUCUUGGCCAAUAAGAAGUUGCCAGCUGUACCAUUUUAAUUGAUAUUGCUCUUUUGGUUUUUAUUUAUUUUUUCCCCAAAGAAGGGGAAAGGGAAAAUAGUUUCAAUUCUUGGAAGUCAAAAGAGAAACAAAAAAGAUUGGUCCAGUGAUCAAAUAAACACAGCUGGUGUUAUUUUUUUUUUAGGGUAUAUGAAUGCUAGAAUAAAAUUAACUUUUAUUUUUACAUGUAUUUAUAGUUAUUUUUCGUAAUAUCGAAUAUAGCGUCGUGUUGAUUA